AAAAAAAAAAAACGACAACAACUCCAAAAAAGCCGGUAAAAUAAAGAGAAAAAAAAAAAAAAAGCAACUCCAAUUGAUCCAACGGUCAACUCAUUGUGUCAAGCAUCUUUUUUUUAUAUUUAUUAAAAACUUUUUGAAUGAUAUUUUUUUAUACAAAAAUAAAUUAACUAUUAGUUUAUCAUUAAACCCAGUUGAUUAAUCAAUAAAAUAAAAUAAUGGAGCUACAAGGAGCCAAUUUAUUAAAUCUUAGUGAAUAUUUACAGCACACAUUGUCACCAGACGUAAAUGUUAGAAGACCCGCUGAAAAGUUUUUGGAAUCAAUUGAAGUUAAUCAAAAUUAUGCUGCAUUAUUGUUACAUCUUGUUGAGAAGCAAGACAUUGAUUUGACAAUAAGAAUUGCUGGUGCUGUUGCAUUUAAGAAUUACAUCAAACGUAAUUGGAAAGUUGAUGAAGAUGGAGUUGAUCGUAUCCAUGCUCAGGAUCGUGAUGCAAUUAAAAAAUUAAUUGUCAAUUUGAUGCUUCAUUCACCAGAUUCAAUUCAAAAACAAUUGUCUGAUGCAGUAUCAAUAAUUGGUAAACAUGAUUUUCCAAACAAGUGGCCAGAUCUUUUGGAUCAAAUGGUGGAAAAAUUUACAACUGGUGAUUUCCAUUUGAUAAAUGGAGUAUUACAUACUGCCCAUUCAUUAUUUAAACGUUAUCGUUAUGAGUUUAAAUCACAAAAUUUAUGGACUGAAAUAAAAUUUGUACUUGACAAAUUUGCCAAACCAUUGACAGAUUUAUUUUUAGCUACAAUGGAUCUUGCACAAGCCCAUUCAGGAAAUGCUGAACAUUUAAAAAUAAUAUAUAAUUCAUUGACAAUAAUUAGUAAAGUUUUUUACUCAUUAAAUUGUCAAGAUUUACCAGAAUUUUUUGAAGAUAACAUGACAACUUGGAUGACAAAAUUUCAUGUAUUAUUAACAGCUGAUGUUGCAGCAUUAAAAACAUCUGAUGAUGAAGAACCAGGUGUUAUUGAACAAUUAAAAUCACAAGUUUGUGAUAAUAUUGUUUUAUAUGCACAAAAUUAUAAUGAAGAAUUUCAAACAUAUGUACCAAUAUUUCUUGAGGCAAUUUGGAAUUUAUUAAAUACAACUGGUCAACAACCAAAAUACGAUGCAUUAGUAUCAAAUUCAUUGCAAUUUCUUGUAACAAUUGCUGAUAGAGAACAAUACAGAUCUUUAUUUGCUGAACCAGAAACAUUACGUAAUAUUUGUGCAAAUAUAAUAACACCAAAUAUUGAAUUUCGUGAAGCUGAUAAUGAAUUAUUUGAAGAUAAUCCAGAGGAAUAUAUUAGACGUGAUAUUGAAGGUAGUGAUGUUGAUACAAGACGUCGUGCUGCUUGUGAUCUUGUUAAAGUAUUGGCAAAAUAUUUUGGUGCUAAAGUCAUGGAAAUAUUUGGUGUUUAUGUACAUGAAAGAUUAAAUGAAUAUGCUGCAAAUCCAGCUGGUAAUUGGAAAAAAAAAGAUGCUGUUAUUUAUUUAGUAACAAGUAGUGCAAGUAGAGGACAAACACAAAAACAUGGUGUUACACAAAGUAAUGAAUUUGUACCAUUGCCUGAAUUUGCAUUACAAAAUAUACAACCAGAACUUGCUAGACCAGAUGUCAAUGAAUUUCCAGUAUUAAAAGCUGAUGCUAUUAAAUUCAUCAUGACAUUUAGAUCUGUAUUACCAAGAGAUAUUGUUGUUGGUAGUUUACCACAUAUGAUUAGACAUUUAUCAUCAACAAGUGCUGUUGUUCAUAGUUAUGCUGCUUGUGCAAUUGAAAAAAUAUUUGCUCUAAGAGGAUCAGACAAUAGUCCAUAUAUUAAAUGUGAAGAAAUAUUACCAGUUGCACCAAAUUUAUUAAAUGGAUUAUUUUCAUCACUUGAAUUACCUGGUUCAGAAGAAAAUGAUUAUAUUAUGAAAGCAAUUAUGAGAAGUUUUGGUAUUUUAAAUGAAAAUGUUGUACCAUUUUUAGGUACUCUAUUAACAAAAUUAACAGAUAAACUUAGUAUUGUUGCACGUAAUCCAUCAAGACCAAACUUUAAUCAUUAUUUAUUUGAAACAUUAAGUUUAUCAAUUAAAAUUGUAUGUAAAACAAAUCCAGAAGCUGUUGCAUCAUUUGAACAAGUAUUAUUUCCAAUAUUUCAAGGUAUAUUACAAUCAGAUGUACAAGAAUUUAUUCCAUAUGUUUUUCAAAUACUUGCAAUGCUGCUAGAACUUCAUACAUCACCAAAUGUUCCUGAGCCAUAUAUGGCAUUAUUUCCAUGUCUUUUAUCACCAGUAUUAUUUGAAAGACAAGGUAAUAUUCAUCCAUUAAAUCGUCUGUUACAAGCAUUUAUUAGUCGUGGAUCACAUCAAGUUAUUCAACAAGAUAAAACAAGUGGUUUACUUGGAGUAUUUCAAAAACUUAUUGCAUCAAAAGCCAAUGAUCAAGAAGGAUUUUUAUUACUUCAAGCAAUUAUUAAAUGUUUUCCACCAAAUGUACUUGAACCAUUUAUGAAACAAAUAUUUGUUUUAUUAUUUCAAAGAUUAUCAUCAAGUAAAACAACAAAAUUUGUCAAAGGUUUAAUUGUAUUUUUUUCAUAUUAUAUUAUUCAAUAUGGUGCAUCAACAUUAGUAACAAUUAUUGAUCAAAUACAACCACAAAUGUUUGGUAUGGUACUUGAACGUGUUAUCAUAAGUGAUUUACAAAAAGUAUCUGGUGAAAUGGAGAGAAAAGUUGCUGCUGUUGGAAUGUCCAAUUUACUUAUUGAUUGUCAACAAAUGAUGGACUCACCUUAUAAUAAUUAUUAUCCAAAACUUUUGGCUGUUGUUAUAGAAUUUUUCGAAUUACCACGUGAUGAAACAGCAUUACCAGAAGAUGCAAUCAUACCUGAUGUUGAUGAUAAUGCUGGUUAUCAAGCAGCAUACAGUCAGCUUGCUUGUGCAAGAAGUACUAAAGUUGAUCCACUUCCAGCUAUUGGUGAUGUACGUCUUCAUUUAGCUCAAGGUCUUGGUAGACUUCCACCAGGACAACUUCCAGGACUUCUUGGACAAAUUCCAGAACCAAAUGCAACUCAUUUAAAAACUUAUUUACAAUCAGCUGGUGUUAGUGUUGCAUAAUAUCAAAUCAAUGUACGAAAUAAACUCAAAAUACAUUUGAUAUCACGUCAAUUUAACAGUAUUGAAUUGAAUAAAUUUUAAUUUUCAAAUAUCUUAUUUUUUUUUAUUAGCAAAUUUAUUCAAUACUGUCAAAUUAUCAUGAUGAUAAAUUAAUUUACUGUUGGUUUUUCCGAAUAAAUACAAUUUAUUCAAUAAAAAAAAAAAAAAACAUAAAGUGAUAUCUUUUCAUAAGAAA